CGCCGGACCGUUCUGCCACCGUGCCUAGCACUCGAUCGCCAUCUGGACGGUAACACCGCCGGCAGCUCAGUUCUCAUUUCUCCUCGCCAAGAGCACGAUGCGUCCAGACUCCGCUGCGACCGCUACCAACAAAGGUGUCCAUGUCAGCGUGAACGUCCAGUACAAGCCGCUGCCGACGGCGACGGUCGCGAGCGUCAUGGGCGUCUUCGAGAGCCCAUACUGGGCCAACUUCAUGAUUCAGUACAUCGUCCCGUACCUCAAGUCGUACAAACCCACGAGCCAUAGCAUCCUGGAGAAGCUCGCGACGUGGCAAGUCCCGGCCACCAAGUUGGACGAUGCGACUUGUGCCGUUUGCAUGAAUAGCCUCGACGACGCGACGGUCGUUGCCCUCCCAUGCAAACACUCGUACCACACAGACUGCAUUCGACAGUGGCUCGCGCGGUGCAACACGUGCCCCUAUUGCCGCCAUGAGUUCCAGAAGGAACUCACCGGGCGCUUCGUUGUGUCGACGAUCAAGACCGCGCUCCUCGUCGACGAAGAUAUUUCGCGUCCCGACGUCCGCGACAUCCCCGUCGGCGGACGCACCAUGCAAGCCAUCGUGAACAUGACACUAUUCCAAGUCCAUGACGAUGCCAACUACGGCUGCGACUUGUUCGUCCAGCUCCAGCAAGCCCAAACGGGCGAGCCCUCCGUCAACUCGACCACAGUCUCAACCGAGUCGACCACAACCGACUUCAUCCCCGCCACACCGACCACACCAUCGCCACGGACAUCACGGAAACGUGGAUCUGUGUCGUCCACGACCGCCGAAGCAGCGCGACUGCUGAAGCGCCUGCGAAACACCACUCCGCCCACACCCAACGGGACGGCCGCGCCAGGGGCGUGAGCCACUUGGUUGUACCAGUUCGAAGCGUCCGCUUCAUGUAGCAGUAUAGGAUAGAAUUAAUUAGCCCUCUCGUCGCACCAGAGUAGAAGUAUCGUCGUCCACCGACCGACCCCCGAUGUAAGCGCAGAAAGUGACCGCGUGUAUUUGUAGUGGCGGUCCAGCCAAAUCUCGUUCGACCUCGAGCACGAGUGGCCUUCCUCUCCUUGAGAGAUGCGUCAUGUGCUGUGGGGUAAUCGGCUUCAGCUCCGCUGCCGCACGUGAUACUCACCCGCCGUCGCGGUUGCCGCACGAGCAUGUGCACAUGCGCACUCUUUCCCGCCGUUGGGAUGGCGAGCGGGAUACUUAGUAACCGCGUCGCCGUCCGAGCAUUCUCGAAAAUCCUUGGUCAAAAUAUGCCGGUCGACUCUAUGAACUGUUCUAUAAUAUAAAUAUGAA